UUGAAGUCCUCGAUCAUUCUCCUACUUAAACACACAAAACCUAGUAGGAUCCCUUUUCUCAUUCCAUUUUUUUUCUUUCCAACUUUCUUCAAUGGCGAAGGAGCUUCGGAAAAUGGGGGUGCAAGUGUCUGUGCUGGUGCUGGUGCUCUUGAAUUUCUGGUGCAAGGCAGCAGAAGCAGAGCCCCAAGUGCCUUGCUACUUCAUAUUCGGGGACUCUUUGGUGGAUAAUGGGAAUAACAACCAACUCCAAUCGUUGGCUAGGGCUAACUACAUGCCUUAUGGGGUUGACUUCCCCGAGGGACCCACUGGAAGGUUCUCCAAUGGUAAAACUACUGUUGAUGUCGUUGCUGAGCUUUUGGGCUUCGAUGAUUAUAUACCUCCCUAUGCAACUGCAAGAGGUCGAGACAUACUUAGAGGAGUGAAUUACGCAUCAGCAGCCGCUGGAAUCAGAGAGGAAACUGGGCGCCAACUGGGAGGCAGGAUUAGCUUCAGUGGGCAGGUGAAAAACUACCAAGACACAGUCUCACAAGUGGUGAACUUACUUGGAGAUGAAGACUCUGCUGCACAAUACCUAAGCAAAUGUAUAUACUCAAUUGGAUUGGGUAGCAAUGACUACCUUAACAACUAUUUCAUGCCCCAAUAUUACUCCACUGGCAACCAAUAUACUCCUGAUCAAUAUGCAGAUGUUCUUAUUGAACAAUAUACAGAACAACUAAAGAUCUUGUAUGACAAUGGAGCAAGGAGAAUGGUCUUGUUCGGACUGGGUCAAAUAGGUUGCAGCCCAAAUGAAUUGGCUCAAAACAGUCAGGAUGGGUCAACAUGCGUACAGAAAAUCAAUUCCGCCAACCAGAUAUUCAACAACAGAUUGAAAUCUCUUGUUACUACUCUCAACAGCAAUACGCCAGAUGCAAGAUUCAUCUAUGUAGACUCUUUUGGGAUUUUCCAAGAUAUUAUAAGCCGUCCUUCGGCUUUCGGUUUCAGUGUAACAAAUGCCGGGUGCUGUGGUGUGGGAAGGAACAAUGGGCAAAUUACAUGUCUACCUCUUCAAACUCCAUGCCAAAAUAGGGAUGAGUAUCUCUUUUGGGAUGCCUUUCAUCCAACUGAGGCAGGGAACGCCAUUGUGGCCAGGAGAGCUUACAGUGCUCAGUCUGCAACGGAUGCUUACCCGAUUGAUAUCAGACGAUUAGCCCUGCUAUGAAGAUCAUCAUGGAGAUAUUAAUGGUUGUGAUUUGGGCGAUAAUUAAGUCGAUGCAUGGAAAGUUGCUGAUAACUGUGUUUCAUUAUUAUUGUAAUUUGUAACUAUGAACCUAAAGUACUAUCAUCCGAACUCCAUUGUCCAUUUCGUGGUUUGUUCAAAUCUAUGAAGCGUGUUUAUAAA